UAACAUUGAGUAAAGGCACAAGACAGCAAGAAGACAAAGAACAAGCAACUAAAGGUGACAAAAGGACGAUACAAGCGAAGGACUUUGGCAGGGUUUUCCUUUUGUUCUGUUUUAAUCUUGCUUUACGGAGCAAAAUGGGACAGCAGUUCACCAAUGCUGAAGGGGAGCAAACGGAGAUUGAUGUUGCAGAACUCCAGGAAUGGUAUAAGAAAUUUGUGGUUGAAUGUCCCAGUGGGACCCUCUUCAUGCAUGAAUUCAAGCGGUUCUUUGGGGUGCAGGAUAACCGUGAAGCAGCAGAGUACAUUGAAAACAUGUUCAGAGCUUUUGAUAAGAAUGGGGAUAAUACCAUUGAUUUCCUGGAAUAUGUAGCUGCCUUGAAUCUUGUUUUACGAGGAAAACUGGAACACAAGCUGAGAUGGACGUUCAAAGUAUAUGACAAGGAUGGGAAUGGCUGCAUAGAUAAACCUGAGCUGUUGGAAAUUGUUGAGUCCAUCUACAAGCUGAAGAAAGUGUGUCGGUCAGAGGUGGAGGAGAGGACCCCAUUGCUCACACCGGAGGAGGUUGUGGACAGGAUAUUUCAGUUAGUGGAUGAGAAUGGGGAUGGGCAGUUGUCUCUUGACGAGUUCAUUGAUGGGGCCAGGAAAGACAAGUGGGUGAUGAAGAUGUUGCAAAUGGAUGUAAACCCUGGGGGAUGGAUCUCCGAGCAGAGGAGAAAGAGUGCUUUGUUUUGAGAAAACUCAGGUUUGAUACAGCUGAAAACGUGAUGCUGGCUACAACUGUGACUCUCUUGCUCUAGGGUGAUAGUGGCUUUCCUUUUUAAUUCAAUCUCAGCAUCCAGAUGAAAACUUCAGUGGUUUAAGAAGCCCUGUCUCAAUCUAAAACCCAUGUGCUGC